AUGAACGGAGAACGAGUCAACCCUCCUGUCGACGAAUGUGGCAAGGAUAUUGCGAUCUUUGUUGAUCAACACUGCAAAUCGGUCCAAAAUGUCAUGGUGCCGAUCUACCGCUUGGCUUUCCAGAUUCAAUAUGAUCUGUCAAUCACUUCAGGGCAACGGGCUCAACUUGCAAGAACUGGCGCAGAGUUCACUGUCAACUAG